AUGAUUAUACAAAUAUUGAAUUUGCUUAAUAAAGAUAAUAAUGUCAACAAUAGUAUCAAUGAUCUAAGUGUAGAUCAAAAAUUAAUAUCAAUAUUAGACACAAUUAGAGAAGUGUAUAAUAUUGUUAGCAACGAUAUGAUACCGAUAGUUGUCGACCGUAUACUUUUGGCUAACAUAUCCACUGAAUGUAUGACAGGUUUGGCCAAAUCGUACAGUGCUUUUAUUAACAAUGAAAAGUGGAUUUUUCAAAUGAUUGACUCUAACGGACACUUACCGUCGGGCCUAAUGAGUGGUACACUGACAGCACUUGGCGACUAUGACCAGUGUCUAGCAGUUCAGUCGGGUCAUCAAUCGGCUGAUGCUGAAAUUGUUGGCCAAUACUCAUCCAAUUCAAUGGAGACUCUAGUAAUGCCACAACAAUUGUCAACACAAAUCAUAAUCAAUGCCUUGUUAUCUGUCGACACAUUUUUCUUUAUAUCUGGCUUUUUGGUCGUCUAUCUUAGUGUUAGUAAAUUAAGAAAACAACAAAACAAUAUUCAACUAAAUUUCCCAUUAUUUUUGGCUCUACGAUGGCUCAGAUUUGCACCAUUUUUGGCAGCCAUAAUGUCUAUAAAUUUUCUAUGGCCACUAAUUGGUACUGGUCCAUUUUUUCAUCAAAAUUAUAUCAAACAUGUAACUGAUCCAUGUGUUGCUAACUGGUGGACAAACUUUUUAUUUAUUAGCAAUUGGCUUAAACCUAUUGAUCAAUGUAUGAUACAUACGUGGUAUCUGAGCGCCGAUUUUCAACUAUAUUUGUUGGCCUAUGUUAUCAUUAAAUUGUAUCUCAACAGUCCAUAUAAAGCAAUGAUAGGAUCGCUAUGUUUGUCAUUAAGUGGUGUAAUCAUUGCAUUUACUGUUAACUAUUUGAAUCAAUUGCCGCCAUCAAUAAUAUUUGAACCGGAUAUCAAGUAA